AUGCGCCCAAUACUCAACCUCGUGCUUCUUCUCUCUGAAUCCCUAGCCCUAGCCACCUCAGUCCCAUUGUCCCAGAACUGGACACCAACCCUAAACAUCACAGUCAUCAGUGCACACAAUGGCCGAUCCACACUCGAAUUUUGGGGCCUUGAGCCAGGUUUCCAGAUAUCUUCGGAAUCGGGAACCUCAGGGGCUUUGGUUUUGGAUCUCGGUGCUCUGGGUGGUGGUGGCGGCGGUGGUAGUAGUAUAAAUAUGGGCAACAUGUCGUACUCGAUUAUUCCGGGGAAGUUUGAUGGAGGCAGACGUAAUGCACCUGCAAGACAAGUCCUCUCAACCCCCAAUAGAUGGGUCAUCUUUCUCUCGGGCCAAGCCCACAUAACUCUCUCCAACACAACGACCGAGGCCUGGAUCACCGGCGGUUCCUACGGCGCUAUCCUGGCGCUCGACACGACGGACGUCAGUGGACUGGGCCAUUACACUUCGUAUCCGUCCACGGGGCAGACGGUUGUUUUGCAGAUUCCGCUGGGUGAGAGGGAUCCAGUGGCGGGACAUGAGGUUUUAUAUGGGGGUGGGUGUCCACGUGGGGAGGGAAGUUUCUGGGUUGGAGGUCUAGAUGGAUGGAUAGGCUUCCGAGUUGAUAGUUCGGGCUUUCGCUGGAUGGAAGACUGGUGCCGAGGCUGGUGGGUUCUUUGGAACGGAUGG